CAUUUCAUUUCCCAUACGGAUUUUUUUAUUGCUUCCUUCCGUUUGCUCGUUGCCAAACUCUAUCCUCCGACAAAAGCACUUAUAUAACAAGUAGAACAAAAUACCAUGGAAUUUCCGAACCCUCCAAAAGCAGGGCUUUUCAAAUUUGCCCUUCAUGCCCUCUGUAACCCUCUGUUGCAGCCACUUUCUACUUAUUUAAAUAUAAUUCAAUGUUGUUGCACCUGCAGAUUAUAGGUUCUAGUCUUCAAACUCGAAACCCCUCCUCCACAGCCUUCUUCCGGCCUUCCAACUGGAUUUUGUGCCCAAGCUUGUAAAAUCCAGAGCAAUUAUAUGCGUUUGAGAAGAGCUUGUACCGCACAGCUGGAGAUUUGCUGCUGAGAAUGCGAAUGUAUAUUUGAGUGGGACUUUCAGCUUGAGUUUGCUCGGGUUUACAGGAAAGCAUGAAUUCUGACACGGCCAUGCCUUUACAUGUCUCAUUAAAUGCAAUGGAAAGUCGCACAGUUGAUAGAGCUGCAUUGGAGGACUUCAGUAAAAUAGAUGUAAAUGGAGAAUCAAAUGAAGUAAUGAACAAUUUUCCUAAUGCAGCAUUGAGUCAGGCACCGAGUAUCCAUAGUCUGACAGGUGGUGGGAGAAGAGUUCUAAGUAGCAGAUCAUUGUCCGUAACAAGGCCUUUGGUGAAUGAUAACAAUGAUUUAGAAGAUGGUAGUGUGGAGAAAGAUGUUGAGAAAACUGUGCGGGAGCAUGGGUUUAUUAAAUUACGGAAUCAAGCCCUGUUGUCCGGGAUAGCAUAUUGCCUCUCAUCAUGUGGCAUGAUUUUGAUUAAUAAAGCAGUUCUAUCUAGUUAUAGUUUUGAUGCUGGAAUUUCACUAAUGUUCUAUCAGAAUCUUGUUGGUGUGACAAUUGUUGUUGUACUGAGCCUCUUUGGCAUCAUAACAACAGAACCACUUACUUGGAAACUUGUUAAAGUUUGGCUUCCUGUCAAUAUUAUAUUUGUUGGGAUGCUUAUUACAAGCAUUUUUAGUUUGAAGUACAUAAAUGUUGCCAUGGUGACAAUUUUGAAGAAUGUUACAAAUAUUAUAACAGCUGUGGGAGAGGUUUAUCUUUUCAAGAAAAAGCAUAACAACAAAGUUUGGACUGCCCUCUUCUUGAUGAUUAUAUCUGCCAUUUGUGGAGGAAUUACAGAUCUUUCCUUUCAUGCAGUGGGCUAUACCUGGCAAAUUUUGAAUUGUUUGCUCACAGCUUCAUACUCGCUUACGUUACGGAGACUCAUGGAUGUAGCAAAACAAGUAACAAAAUCUGGAAACUUGAAUGAAUUUUCCAUGGUUCUUCUCAACAAUUCCCUAUCAUUACCUUUGGGGCUUUUUCUUAUACUUGUUUUCAAUGAGUGGCAGUACCUUUAUGAAGCACCAGUUGUCAGAGAACCUAUGUUUAUAUUUGUUGCAACCUUUAGUGGAUUGCUUGGUCUUGCUAUCAGUUUCACAUCAAUGUGGUUCUUGCAUCAGACUGGUCCUACAACAUACAGUCUGGUAGGUUCACUGAAUAAGAUUCCUUUAUCCAUAGCUGGAAUCUUGCUGUUCAAAGUGCCAACAAGCAUGGAAAACUUUUUGAGCAUACUAUUUGGUCUGUUUGCUGGGGUAUUGUUUGCAAAAGCCAAGAUGUCUUGAUCACACCCUUGCAAAUUGAAUUCGUGCAUUCUUAUCUCACAAAGAAUUUGCAAAGAAUUGAGUCAAAUUUUUAUCGUUUUAACAUUUUUGGCUUGUGAGGUGUGGGGCUGUAAUGUUAAUCCAUGCUUAUUGGGAUGGCAAGUUGAAAGCUUAGGUUUUCAACAACCAUCUGUUUGGUUUUGAUAGGCAAGAAAUUUUAGAUGAAAAACGGAGUUAUUUAUUUAUUAUUUAUUGCAAGCAUUCAUAGCAACCAUUUUUCUUCACAGAAGAUGUAUUGUUUAUAACAUUUUUAUUAUCAUUAAAAACUGAAAUGGCGCGGGAGGACUUUCAUUCCAUGAA